GCGACCCGGGCAACCUUGCUCCCCUGGACGCACCGGAAGGAGCUCGGUCCCCGUAGGCCAAGGCUGGAACCAGAGUGUCAUGAUCUCUUGGAGGCUCUAUGGGAAGAGUCCAGGGCACACGCCAGCCUGCCACCAGGAGCUUGGGGCUGCAAAGAGCUGGCUCUCCCAUUCUUCGGGACAAAUGCAAAGAGUUCCAGAGAGCAGGCAAGAUGGGGAAUGCUAAGAGCCUGUCGGGCCAGAAGAUGACCUCAAGGUUCUUGCCUGAGGAGCAGGCUGAGGUGGACAGGCUGUUUGAUGCCCUGUCAUCGAGUGAAGGUGGCGUGGCAACGGGGACAUUCUCUCUGGAGGCGAUGAAGAGCCAUGUCAAGGAGGCCCUCCCCCCAGCAAUGGUCACCAGACUGUAUAACGGCAUGCGGAAGGUAAAGCCGACCGACAGGGCCCGUGAGAACUGCAGGAGCGUUUCCAGAGAGCAGUUCACCGCAUUCCUGUCCCAGCUGUUGAGAGGGAGCUGUGAGGAGAAGGGCCUUAUGGUUAUGAACAUGAUCUCAGCCGCAGAGGGGCCUACAAAGACCAGAGAUGUCCAGAAGUUCACAGAGGACCUGGUGGCCUCUGUGGUGCACGUGCUGACCCACCGGAAUGAGCUUCGAGGCUGGACCUGCAGGAAAUCCGAGGCGCCCCCCGACAGCAUGCAGGCCAUGGUCACCCAGCUGCUCUGUGAGAUGAAGUUUCAAGAUGGCCACAAGUUCCAGGGCCCUCAGUGCCUGGACCAGGUCUGCGACCAAGCCAUGAUCGAGGAGUGGGUGUUCCACGUCCCUCAUGUGGGCGCAUUUCUGAACGUGGUCAUCCACAGGGGCCUGUGCCUCCUGGGCUCAUCCUUUGACCUGUCCACGCUGGUCCCCGAGUGCCUCGCGGACCAAGGCGGGCGGUUCGAGAGCAUCCUGGAUGUGCUGUCCGUCAUCUACCUCAGCUCCCACCUGGCCCCGGAGCAUCGGCACCGCUGGCGCCUGCUGUUCUCCACGCAGCUCCAUGGGCAGAGCUUCUCCCAGCUCUGCAGCCACAUCACCAACCAGGGGCCUAGCCUACUUGUCCUCGAGGACAGGGAUGGCCACGUCUUUGGUGGCUUCGCCUCCUGCUCUUGGGAAGUUAAGCCUCAGUUUCAAGGGGACAACAGAUGUUUCCUGUUCUCCAUCGCCCCCAGAAUGGCCACGCACCUGCACACGGGUUACAAUAACCACUUCAUGUACUUGAAUUACGGACAGCAGACCAUGCCCAACGGACUGGGCAUGGGUGGGCAGCACCAUUACUUUGGGCUUUGGGUGGCUGCGGACUUUGGGAAAGGACACAGCAAGGCCAAGCCGGCGUGCACCACCUACAACAGCCCACAGUUGUCUGCCCAGGAGGACUUCCUGUUUGAUAAGAUGGAGGUGUGGGGACUUGGCAACCUCUUAGAGGAAUACGAGGGCAAGAACAAGAAGAGCGUCCUGGACUCAGAUCCCGAAGCCCGUAGCCUGCUGGAGAUCAGUGGACGGGCUCGGCACAGCGAGGGACUUCGGGAAGUCCCCAAGGAUGAGGACUGAGAUAAGACAACCUCUUAGAGCGCUCCUGCUCAGAGAGCAUCCUGGAGCAGGGGCGGGGACUCCCCCAGGGAUGCAGAGCAGAGAGCCUCCAGAUUCCUCACUGCUGGGUGAACAGGAGAGCUCUUAUUUCUUACCCUCUGUCCUCACUCCUGCUUAGCCUUAACACAGAGCCACAUGGUUGCACGCAGACCAUCAUGGACACACUUAAAUCAGAACGCAGCCAUGCCGAGAGAGAUCCCUCUGAAGCUAUAAUCAAUGGGGUGUUGCCUCCUGGGGCCCUGAGCACAGGUUAGAACCUUGGCCUUAAACUUUGUUUGUCUUCUGUCUUUUGUCCAUGACAUUCAAAGACAAAGAGGCUUGAAACCUGCUGGGACUGGUGGUCGGUCGGUCGGUUAUUGGGGGCACCAUGCUCUGGGGUCCCUGUAAGUGCCCCAAUGGCCCAUCAUGAGCAGAAAGACAGGGGUGCUUAGAUGAAUAUCUUGGUGCUCUGUGAGAAUUCUCCCCCUCCCCACACCCAGCAUACAAUUUGUGGGUUUAUAGCUGAAGAUCUGAAGGAAAUGUCUUUGGGGGCAGGUUCUCAGAACAGGCUUGCUGUGGGGGUCCUAUCUAGCUUUCGCAACUCUUUUUAAGCCUGGUGAACAAGGGGGGAAAGCCCGACCUAUUUACUCAGAGGCCAAGCCUUUACUGUGCUGCUAACCCAAAUGUGGGACCUGGGACCUUUUUGGGAGACUUGAAGUCUGCAUGCUUGCCCAAUGUGUGCAUAACACCCACCCGUCCCAGAUGCCAGUGGUGGGUGAUGUCCAGCUUUGGCAGGGAGUGUCAGCCUCCAAGCGCCUUCUCUGAGGUCAUAGCUCAGGGCUUCUCAGGAGGGGCAUAGGUCAUGGGACAGCAUGACUUACUGCAGACAGACUCUAGUGGUCCCCAAAGACUGAAGAUGAUUCAGGUGGCCAGGCUGCCCAUCACACUGUGAGUGAUGGCCACCCAGCUCUGUCCAUGCAGAGGAGCUGUGGACCCUUGAGACCUCUACGUCUUGUUUGUAAACCUCUUUGUCUUUUGCCGUAAACUUCAGCCUUUAUGGAUCUGUUCAAGUUUUACUUUUGCGUAUGCAGUUUGUCCA